CGAUGCCACUGCCGCCGCCGCCGCCGCCGCCGCCGCCGCCGCCGCGGCCACUCGCCCGCCGCCCACCAUGGCCCCGCAGCAAACAGGUAGCAGGAAGCGGAAAGCGCCCGCCGAGAGCUCGUCGUCUCAGGGCUCGGCGGCGGACGCAGAGGGGCCGCUGCUGCCUAAGAAGCAGAAGCGGCCGGCGACGCGGCGCUCGCUGGUGCACUACCUCAAGGACCGCGAGGUGGGCGCUCUGGGCGGCGCCUGGCUGUCGGGCUCGAAGGGCGAAUUGCCCGGCUACGCGGUGCAGAAGCUGCCCGAACUCUUGAGGGAGCGCGAGCUGGCCCUGGGCACCCUCAACAAGGUGUUCGCGUCGCAGUGGCUGAACGCCAGGCAGGUCGUGUGCGGCACCAAAUGUAACACCCUCUUCGUGGUGGACGUGCACUCGGGGCAAAUCACGCGCAUCCCCCUGAUGCGGGACCGGGGGCCCUGGCUGGCCCGGGCCCAGCCGAGCUGCGGCAUCCACGCCAUCGAGCUGAGUCCCUCCAAGACGCUUCUGGCCACCGGGGGAGAGAAUCCCAACAGCCUGGCCGUCUACCAGCUGCCCACCCUGGACCCCGUGUGCCUGGGCGACCGCCACGGCCAUAAGGACUGGAUCUUCACCAUCGCCUGGAUGAGCGAUACAGUGGUUGUGAGCGGCUCCCGCGACGGCACUGUGGCUCUGUGGCAGAUGGACCCCGACAUGUUCAAUGGCAGCAUCUCCUGGCAGAAUGACGCGGGGCUUCCUGUGUACACCCACAUCCGUCCGAGGGACAUGGAGACCAUCCCCAGGUCCAGCACCAGCCCCACUAACCACAAGGUGCGGGCCUUGGCCUUCAGCGGCAAGAACCAGGAGCUGGGAGCCGUCUCCCUGGACGGCUACUUCCACCUGUGGAAAGCCCGGAGCACUCUGUCUAGGCUGCUGUCCAUCAGGCUCCCCUACUGCCGUGACAACGUGUGCCUGACCUACUGCGAAGAGUUGUCCCUGUACGCGGUGGGCUCUCAGUCCCAUGUCUCCUUCCUAGAUCCGCGCCAGGGUCACCAAAACAUCAGACCCCUGUGCUCCCGAGACGGCGGCAUGGGUGUGCGCUCGCUGAGUUUCUACCAAUACAUCAUCACCGUGGGCACGGGCCAUGGCUCCCUGCUCUUUUAUGACAUCCGUGCCCAGAAGUUCCUGGAGGAGAGGGCGUCGGGCAGCCCAGACUCCUGUCCUGGGCCCUCAGGAAGGAAGCUCAAGCUCACCUGUGGCAGAGGCUGGCUCAACCACGAUGACCUGUGGGUGAACUACUUUGGUCGUAUAGAUGAUUUCCCCAACGCGCUCUACACCCACUGCUACAACUGGCCUGAGAUGAAGCUCUUCGUGGCUGGAGGGCCUCUCCCUUCAGGCCUCCACGGGAACUACGCAGGCCUCUGGAGCUAAAGAUGGCCAAUGUAUUCUCAAAGUGCCCAGAUUUACUUUCCAGUCCCCUCUCACUUUCUUUUUCACGCUGUGUUUUGUGCUUUUUAACUCAGUGUGGCAUUUGUCUUCCAGGUUGAAAGUGCCAAAUUUGCCUGUCCUUAGUGUAUGAGAGAGAGAGAGAGGUGUCCUUCAGGCAAUCAAAACUUGGCUUUAAUACCCUUUUACACCUUUGCAAACCAUCUUUUUGAAUUCACAUUACAAAGAGUUUUGGCUAAGUCUUAGUUGUCUUUUUUGAGUUACAUAUUCUCUUUUUUUUUUAAUGUUUAUUUUUGACAGAGAGAGAGAGACAGAGCAUGAGCGGGGGAGGGGCAGAGAGAGAGAGGGAGACACAAUGUGAAGCAGGGUCCAGGCUCUGAGCUGUCAGCACAGAGCCGGAUGCUGGGCUCCAACUCACAGUCCGUGAGAUCAUGACAUGAGCCGAAGUCGGACGCUCAACCGACUGAGCCACCCAGGUGCCCCAACAUAUUCUCUCUUUUUAAUGCUAUGCAGUCAUGGUUUGAGUUCUGUGUAUUUUCCUUUUCUUUGUUUUCCAUUGUCAGUAUUGCAACUAUACUGUGUUUAGUUAUUUUUCAUUGCAGAUAGAUGGUAUAUUAAGAACAUGCUUAAAAACAGGGUUUCUAAUCUGUUCUGGAAAGUUAGCCAUCGUUUUAUAAAGCAUUGUUGCAAUUGGAAAAUAUAUUCCAAAUUCUACAUUAUCAACUUUGGAAACAUUCCAUUUGCAAAUUGUAAUCGUAGGUGUUUAUACUUUCUAAGUUGUUGUUGCUAAACAUACUUUUUAGAAAAUUUUUCUCCUUAAAAAAAAAAAAAGUUGUCAUAGAAUCUUGUCUUUUUACCAAAAUCUCAGUUUGUCAUAACACUUUAAGAAUGCAAGGGUUUUAUUGGUUGAAUGUUCAGAAUUACUCUGAAAACCCAAUUGAUCUUUUUCUCCUUCAAUCCUUAUUUAAUUUUUAAUGACCUGCUGUUAAAUAAAUAAACAAAUGUGUAUUUUUUCACUUCUUGCCUUAGUACUAUCAAAAUUUGUGAAUUUAUUUGAAUGCUUGUUGUUUAAAGAACUUGCACAGAGUUGAAGUGCCACCAUUCAACGCAGGGAUUCUAAGUAUAAAAAUGUAGAAUGUAUGGCAGGUUGGGGAGAGUGUAUACCAAUCCAAGAUAUAGACUGGAUAUUUUUGCUGUUGCUGUUUUUAAUACCAAAUAUUAUAUUUCAUUAUAUUUUAAAUUUUCUAAUUCUGCUGAAUAGUUAACACAAGAAAAACUGUAAAGGACAAAAAAAUGAUCCCAGUCCCUGCUCCUUCUGAAAAAGAUGCUUAAGUUUAAAGUCCAGAUUAGUAAGAUUUUAUUUUGUGAAUUUCAAAGAUUCUUAUCUAAAGUAGAAGAAAUAUAUUA